AAUCUGCUCUGGUCCAAUCAGCCUCAGUGCCUAGCUUCGCACAUAAGCGGCAGGGCACUCAGGUCUGCCAGUGCGCACAGACCUACACAUACACACACCUUCACACUUGUCACAUCCACACACACACACAUUUUUGCACAUUUAAACACACAUACAUACACACACACACACACCCUCCCUCUUCAAGGCACCCUGCACGACCUCUCACCAUUGGCCAAGUCCCGGAGCCCUCAGCAUCUCCAUCACGGCUGAAGGGACCAUUCGGGAAGGCAGGAGACAGAGGUGGACUAUGAGGAUGCUCGUGCGGCUCAUCUUGGGACUCUUCGUCCUCAAAGCGGUGGUGGCCAGCCCCAGAUUUUCCCGACAAGCGGACUUGGACUCAUACGACAGUGCCAACUAUGAUGUGGAUCUAGAUAACUCAAAUUUGGAGAACCAGGAUAUCUAUGACUACGAAGAGGGGCUGACAAUUGACGAUCCUCAGAUAGAGAUUGGAACGCUGGCCCCACCUGACUAUAACUACCCUGUUCCUGAGACCUCGAUUGAAGAGGAGGCAGAGGAGGAGGAGACAGAGGAGGAAGAAAUGCCCUUAAAACCCCAGCUGGUCCCUCAGGGCUCAGGGGGAUCUGGGGUUCUUAUGGGCCCAGACACACAGAAAGAGGUGGAGCUGCGUCUGCCGCCCAUUGACAUCCUUCAUGUCUCCGGGGACUUUGGAGGCUCUGUAGGGUCUGGAACCUCAGGAGCUUCUGGGGUUUCUGGGUCUGGAGGCUCAGGGGACCUCCUGGUCUCCGGUGCCUCUGGGGGUUCCGGUGAUAUUGUGCUGAUAUCUGGAGCCUCAGAGGAACUCCUCAGCUCAGGGGGAUCUGGGGAAUUCUUGGUAGGUGGGGAUCUCCUGAUAUCUGGGGAUCUCUCGGGAUCAGGGGCGACUUCCGGAGCCUCUGGUUCUGGAGGGGUUCCAAUUGAACUCCCCCUGGGCUCUGGAGGUUCUGGGGACCAGUCUGGUUCUGGGUUUUCCGGAGAUCUCUUGAUCUCAGGGGCUUACGGAAGCUCUGGGGUUUCUGGGUCUGGUGAGUCUGCGGACUCAGGGAUAACAUUUAUUUCUGGAGAGGAGGAGCUGCCCCUCAUUCCUGGUACUAUCCCCAGCGAGGCCUCGGGUGCUUCCGGGGACUUCUCAGGUGCUUCAGGAACCUCAGGGGCCUCUGGGGAUUUCUCUGGAGACUCAGGUGUCUCUGGAGCUUCAGGUGUCUCUGGCUCUGGAGACGCAGAGGUCCCUGAGGUAACCCUGAUACCUGACAUUGAUAAAGAGGAGAGGCUGCUUCCGACCACACCAGAAACCCCUCAGGAGGGUACUGGUGGUGUAGAAGGGUCAGGGAGCUCUGGAAUGCCAGAGCCCGGUGAGCCUGACGAGCCAGAUGAGCCUGUGGUUGACAGGACAGAUAUGCCCACUUGCUUGCUGUGCACAUGCCUUGGCGGUUCGGUCUACUGUGAUGACUUGAAGCUGGAUAGUGUACCACCUCUUCCCAAAGACACCACUCACUUCUAUGCUCGCUACAACAGAAUCACCAAGAUCAACAAGUCAGACUUUGCCAACAUGAACAAGCUGAAGAGGAUCGACUUAACCGCCAAUGAGAUCAAGUCCGUCGAUGACAGAGCUUUCAUGGGUAUGCCUCAGCUGGAGGAGCUGGUGAUUCGAGAAAAUCAUAUCUCACAGCUGCCUGCCCUCCCAGAGACCAUGAGCCUGAUCGAUGCCAGCCAUAACAACAUUGGUACCAAAGGUAUUCACAGAGAGGCCUUCAAGGAUAUGACUAGCCUGCUGUACCUGUACCUAACAGACAACAACGUUGACUACAUCCCAGUGCCUCUACCAGACAGCCUGAGAUCUCUACACCUACAGCGAAACAAUAUUCAAAUGAUGCACGAGGACACGUUCUGCAACCUGAAAGACUUCAACUACAUCAGAAACGCACUGGAGGACAUCCGUCUGGACGGCAACCCCAUCAACCUCAGCAGGACCCCGCAGGCUUACGUCUGUCUGCCACGCAUACCCAUCGGGGAUCUAAUCUAACCACACGAAUACCUUCCCCUCUUGCACACAUUUUUGUACAUAUGCACACACACACAACCACACACGCAGACCAUCCGUCACUCCUCAAACCAUCAAUAAAAAUUAAGUGUUUUUCAAAACUGAUGCUGCUGACGGAGAGAGAUCAGUAAAACCGUUUGGAUUCCAUGUUGCUUAAACAUCAACAAACAAAUGAUUUGUCAGUUUCUGGUGAUCAAGCUCACACACACUGCCCAAAUGCAUCGUCUUCCUGUAACUCCUGUCAUUUUCAGCCAGGUAUAAAAUGAAACUGUCUAUCUUGUUCCCUCACUUGUCAAAACCCAUGCACACACACACACACACACACACACACACACACACACACACACACACAAGGACUUUUCUAAAACACCAAACUUUUCCGCAACUCGAUAAAGAGGAGUCGACUCGAAGCAUUGGGGAGAAUUCAUCAGUUUAUUAAAAAAAAACCCUCACAUGUAUGUUUCUUUUUGAGUGUCUGUUCAUGACUGGUACAAAAAAAAAAAAAAAUCAAGAACCAGUAAUAUUUGUUUAAAUAUUUUUGUUUUGUAAAAAAUAAUAUUAAUAUUAAUAACAAAUCUAACAUUUUUUGAAACUGUAUACUAGCAAACUUAUUGAAGCUGGAGCUUAAUGAGAGGCAGAUUGAGUAUCUAAUGCAAUAAAAGACGCAUUUAAACACAUUCACUUGUUGUAAAGUCUGUACUGUAAUAUAAAAAUAUACAUUCCAGAAAAGAUUUUUUUUUUUUUUUUUUUU